AUGGAAUAUUCCGAUGAUUCUGACUUCUACGGGGACGAGGAUAUGGUCAUGGACCUUAACAAGCGUGCACAAAACUUUGAUGUUCAGAGCUGGAUGCUUCAGCACCAGGAAAGCCCUGGAAGACCUGUCCCUCGAAAGAGCAUCGUUGCCGAAGCAUCACACCUUCACAAUCCCUAUGCUGGGGUAAAUUAUGCAUGGCAGCUUACCGAGACCGUAGAUGAGUUCCUCGCUCGUCUCCCACCCAAGACAACAGACAUCACGGAGGAUACGCCUUGGAUUUUUAUUUGCAAUCCGUAUAUCCCCCGUGUUGAGAAGUCUAUGGGGCAGAACCAAUUCAGCAAGGGUAAUGAAGAUGAAGCACCCGAGGAAGAAGGCAGCAAGACUGCGCUUGUCAUGGAAGGUGGCCUGGAGAGACUGGAACUUCUCUCGAAGUUCAAGGACGGACUGAACAAAACCAAUAAGGUCCUUGUAACACAAGAGCAAGAUAUGCGAAAAGAAAUCAAGAAAGCCUCAGACGACAUACUGCACCUGGCACACGCUGCCAAAGUCCGCGCUGGCAAGUGGAUGUUAUUCUGCACACCAGCAGAAGUAAACGACGUAUGGGAGAUUGUCGCAAAAGCGACUGCCAAAAACGAGCUUGGCAUUGCUGCAAAGGUUGCUCCCCGACCAGUCGAUGAGGAUUCUCGAAAAGAUCGACUCAUCUGCGUGUACACGACCGAUUUCGCAGACAAGGCCGACGUUGGCAGGGUUCUUCAGAAGCUGCGAGAGCUCAGAUUGGUUGAAGCUCGAGGAAGACCUAUCUACUAUAAGCCAGGGAUAUCCUCCGGGAAUCCCUGGGGUCUGAAAGCGUCGAUCUAUAAGUCGUCUGACAUCUUCCAGACCUGA